CGAGUUGAGUUGAAUCUUGUUGUUUUGAUCGUUUUGAUAAAGAUGGCUAGCGAUGUGUGAGCCAUGUCUAAGACUCACAGCAAUGAAGGAUUCAAACAGCGAUUCAAGCAGUUUCUAGGGAUCAAAAAAGGCCAUCCAAUCUCCAUUAGUAUUCACGAUGGGACGAAGACAGACGAGUUUACCUUUACUAAUGAGCUGCUGCAGGAGAUGGGGCCUGAGAGUCCAGUAGCAAGCAGAGUAAAGUUAUUAAAGGAAUUGUGUGAAUUCCUGGUCAACAGAAAACUUGAAGAUCAUGCAACAGAGGCAGCCUGGCAGGCUGUAGAGGAUCUUCUCCAACAUAAUCAUCCCCAAGAAGCAAGACAUAUUGCUCUACAGUUUUUAUCCGUUUUGGUUACUUGUCAGUUUGACAAACUGCAUAUUUUAAGGGCACAUUUCUUCAAGGUUGUAGUUCUGYACAAAAUUCCUGAGGAUUUUACACCAAGAAUACAACUUCUUAAAGCCCUGAGUGAUAAUGGCAAAGAUAUUACUUACUUUGAGGAAGACAUUGGUACUUUUCUCUUGUCGUGGAUGCCUGAAGUCAUUUACACUGACAGAUUGGAGCCAUUAAUGUCUCUUUUGAUCAAUGUGUUUCACUACAACUCUAGCUACCUUGAUGAGAAUGUGGUUGCUGGUAUUGUCAGGGAGAAUUGUAACAUGGCAAGAACUCUCAAAAAUGAGAAAAGUGUGGAGUUCUCUCUAUGUCUCCUGGAUGCAGUCGUUCGGUACAGUUCUCUUCCAGUGGGCUCAGUCCAUGAGUUUAUUUCUGCUCUUUGCUCUACCGUCAACCUUGAAAAGUGUUGUCAACACUCUUGGAAGAUUAUGCGCAAUGUGUUGGGUACCCAUUUGGGUCACCGAGGGGUCUACACUAUGUGUUCCAUCAUGGAGUCUGGAGGUCAACAGAUUCCAAAUGUCAUGCAGAUAAGAGGAGCAGUGUUUUUUAUCGGCAUGUGUCUAUGGGGAUCGCAGAGGGUCACAACACUUAAACAUUCACAUUCAAGUGUUCUCCCAUCAAUGCUACAGAGUCUAUUCUGUCAUCAUCCAAUAGUUUCACUGGAAGUAACCCUAUCAAUCCAAAGGCUUGUCAAGAAGUACGGCCAUGAACUUCAUGUUGUCAGCUGGGACUCUGUCCUGGAUAUCACCAGCAAGCUGCAGUCAUUGAUUAAGGAGCAGCAACAAAAGGAGACUACUUUAAUAGAGAACCUCCAUACUCUCUUAAACUACAUUGAAGAACUCAUGGAAAGUGGCAAGUACAGAGGAUCUGAGGAAAGAUUUUAUGAUAUUGUGGAGAAAUGCUCAAGCAAACGACCUGAGAGUUCUCUCCAUCUUUUGGUCUCAUUCAGAGCACAGUCUGUUCACCCUGCCCACGCGGGUUGGCUUAACAAUCUAAAAAACUUGAUGGAAAAGUACUUUAGAUAUGAGAUUCGUACGAGUGUUCGAGUAAAGGCGUUGGAUGUCCUCUCGUUUGUCCUCACCUCAUAUCGCCAUUGGUACGAGGAAGAACUGUUGGAUCUCGUAGUGUUGCCAUUUCUAGGCAGCAUCGCAGAUGACCAAGACGUUACUGUCAGGACUUCUGCAGUGCAGCUUUUGCUCGACUUGUCUCAAACAUGCGAUUCUUCAAAAUGUAUGGAUAUUCUGAAUAUCGUAGAAAAGGUUAUUAGCAGACGUGUAGAAGUUCCAGGAAAAAUGUCGCCAACCGAGUCAUCCCAGGAAGAAGAGGUUUUGAAGGACAUUAAAACAGCUAUCAGUGCAUUGGUGCAAGUGUUUAAAGUCAAAUUGUUCCGUCUUCCUCACAGUCAUGCGCAGAAAGUGUUUAGUCUGCUGGUCACUCAUUUGAAGGCUCACUAUUACCAUGGUUACACCACCAACAUAGCCAGUGUCAUCAGAAAUAUUGUGUUUGAGUGUUUGCUGUCUCUCCGCUGUGACACGAGCCAUCGUCUUGGUUUCGUGGAAGAAAAAUCAGGCGAACAUGAUAAAGUCAGUCUUUAUUUUGUUUGCACGCCAAGUGCCUUGACCAGUUCCAGUGAGAGUAAGCCAUGUUGCUCCAGCCCACUGGGAGUCAUCCCAUAUUCUGAAGCCUUCAACGUCAUACUCAACUGUCUACAAUACGAGUGGGACUGGAGAGUACUAGAACACGUGUUAUCUGAGCUUCCUGAUGUACUACAGAACAAGACAUUGGUGUUAGCCGCUGACCCAAGCCUAAACAUCAUGUCGUCAGUGCUGUGCAAAAUGGUUUCAGACUCUGCCACGGUUCUAGAUCUUCAAAACGUACCACAGGGUGUCGGGAGAACUGGAUUCCAUGCCUUAAUUUUUCCGGUCUUGACAGUGCUAGCCACAUAUCACUUCAGGCUGGACCGGACCCAUCAGUGUGAGUUGGUUCAGUCACUAGAGCUUGGGUUCUUAUCAAAGUGUGCAAACCUUUGCGUGUCAUCACUAAUGCUGUGUACCAUGGAGAUGCAGGCAGUCAUGAACAGUCUUCUUCCUGCUAUUCUGGUUCGUCUGUCACAAAUCUCAGCCACCGUAUCUAUGGCGGUGCCCAUGUUGGAAUUUCUCUCAGGUCUUGUUCAUCUUCCUCAUUUAUACACCAGCUUUAAAGAAAAUCAGUACAAGAGCGUGUUUGCGAUAUGUUUUCCUUACACAGACCCAUUCAGGUAUUCACAGUACACCGUCACAUUGGCCUAUCACGUGAUCACUGCAUGGUUCGUGCGUGCUCGUGUAGCUUAUCGGAAAGACUUCGUUGGAUUUAUAACCAAGGCUUUAAAGACAAACAUCACUAAACCAGAGAGGUACGAACAGAGAGGUGACAGUCCAACCGUUGGUCUACGAUCGCGUAGCAGCAGCGCUGCCCAACAGCAAUCCUCGCCUCAGCCUUCCAAUCGGUCAGCUUCACCGUCGAGCUCGAUGCAAGCCAAGGAGAAUGAGUCUGCUUAUGAGUUUCAUAAAGAGAUGAGUGAAGUGUGUAUGGAUAUGAUGGCGAGGUACUCGUUUGCUAUGAGUCUUUCUCAACCCAAAAGGACAGCAGCCAUGGAGUUUCUUCUGUCCAGGGGCAAGACACGUCAGUGGAUCGUAGGCAACUCCGUGGUGUCAAUCACCACUUCGGGCACCUACAUCGAACUAGAUGGUGUCUGUGAAAACUGCCUGCCUUUGCACAAGCGAGGCAGACCGGACUCCAAAAUUGUCAUGUCGUCCAGCAGUGCAAGUCUGCUGUUAAAACGAAGGAAAUCAAAAGAAAAAAUCCUUGAGGAGUAUUCCUUGAGUGCCAAGAAGGACGCCAGUACUGCGCAUGAUGAUAAAGGAUUUGAUGGAUGGAGCACUGUGUCUCAAGAUGCUAACCUGAAACCAGACCAUUACAAACAGUCUGGUCGCAAGUCGCCUGUGGGGGAUAGUGGACGAGUUGAUGCGACAAGUGAAAGAUCCAAGACUUCUGAACCGGGUGACUCAACUGACCAUGGGAAAUCAGGAGAAGGACUUAAGACUCAAGCUACACGCGGAGGUACAAGUGACGAAAUAGUCGAUUGCCACUGCAUAUGCCAAGGAUGGGCCGAAAUCGUAAUCAGACGGCCCAGCGGUAAUAUAUCUUGGACCAUGCGCAUACAGAACAGAUUGGUAGGACCGUUGUUAACCAUGCCUGAAGUUGAUGGUGACGUCUCUACAGCGCUAGUUGAUGAUUCACACAUCAAGGAAUACCUUCUCGUGCCUGAUGGAGACACCGACCAGCUGAAGAUCCGUACUAAGAGCCGUGAGGUCCUGAGUACUAGUACUGAUAGUGACGUCCUUCUGAUUGAACUUGUAAAGAAAGAAAAGCAAAAGGACACCAAAGAUUCAGGUGAAACAGCUCUAAAAGAGCCAGACGACAAAAGUACCUCCGAAGCAUCGCCAGAGUCCCAACAGGAAGAGAACGAUGAAUACUUGAAUACAAACACUGCCUUAUCUUUACAAGGAUUUACACCAUCGUCGCCUUUACCUUCACCUUAUGACUUCUCGGGAUCAGAAAUGGGCUCUACAAACAAUAGGCCUCGGUUGCUUAGCAACAGUCCUAGGCGUGGUCCUUUUGCAUUCCGUAUGACUCGAGACUCUGAAAGUUCAGAUCAAUUUGAGCAGAAGUCCCUUCCACAAGAUGUUCCUCCAUCAGCUAAACGACAGUUACGUUAUGAAAAGCCCGAGCUGGGUGUCUCCCCGGCCGAGUUGAGCCGACCCGAACAUCACACGCGGGAUCACAACAUGUAUCUUUCCUCAUCCGAGAUGUACAGGCUUGCAAGUGAUGAUGGGGACGUCAAGCAGACGUUUGAAGCUGGCGAUAAAAGUGAGUCAAAACACGGUGGAAAGACAUCUGAACCUACUGAAUCAGAAUUAGCUAGGUCGAAAAGAGAGCCUGUAAAACUCCGUCUUAAAGGAGAGGCCAGAGCUAAGUCCCAGAGGCCAAAGUCUCUUCCUUUGGAAUGUCUCCCUAAAGGACCUUGCUCCGACACUAGUCACGCAACACAGCAGCCCAGUCACGCAACGUCUAGUCACGUAAAUCGAGAAAAACACGAGAAUCACCUGAAGGAGGAAAGCAGGAAUUCCCAUUCUGCUUCAACUAGUCCAAGAUCACCUGUCAAAACUAAACUCAAAAAGUCCUUCAGCUUAAGUUCACCAAGAAGGAUACGUAAGAACGUCGAACUUCCGGGAGAAUCCAAAAGCUCCCAAGUGCUACGUAAUACAAGUGCUGAUGAUAUGGGGUACUUUUCCAAGGUGAACAAGAGCUCUUCAUCACCUGAACUAUCCUCGCCGACUCUAAACAGAGCCUCAAUGCUUCAUGAAUUAGGUAAAAAGAAAAAGACCCCAACAAUAGGGACCAAACAGCACGACACCAGUGGAACUUCAAGCAAGGAUGGCCCUGGGGUGUCCUCCACAAGAGACCCGCCCAAAUUGGUGACAGCAUCGGAAUCCUACCGAUAUCCUCUUGAUCCUAAUUUCGUAUUUCUUCAGUUGUACCAGACUGCAUUCAGUGGGUCUUCAAAAGAUAAGCCCAUUCCUUUGCCAGAAGGAGAGGUCAUUGACAGAGCUAUUAAGUGCUUGGACCGUAUCCCACCGUACGACACACACAAGAUCGGGGUAAUCUAUGUUGGUCCAGGACAACAUAAUAACGAGACAGCAAUCCUGAGAAACGUGUAUGGAUCAUCCCGCUACAUGAAGUUCAUCAGUGGCCUGGGAAGCCUUAUUCGUCUUCGCGAUUGCCCUCUGGCCGAAAUCUAUACAGGAGGACUGGACAGAGAAGGAGAAGAUGGAGAAUUUUCGUACAGCUGGCAAGAUAGUAUUUGCCAAGUAAUAUUUCAUGUGGCAACUCUCAUGCCUACUAAAGACUCAGACCCGGGAUGCAACUCCAAGAAGAUGCAUAUUGGUAACGAUUUUGUGACCAUUGUCUACAAUGACUGCGAAGAAAACGUGGCCUUUGGAACCAUUAAGGGGCAAUUCAAUUUUGCCGAGCUGGUGAUAACACCUCUUGACAACGAGUGUAACGUAAUCAAGAUGCGGUUCAAAGAAACUCUGAAGAAUCUUUAUGUGGACACAGGACCUCGAGUAAUAUCUGAUAGUAACUUACCAAUGCUGAUUCGACAACUAGCCAUCCAUAUUAAUAUGGCAUCUGUCCUUCACCAAGGUCAAAAACGAACAACAGAUGCAUAUGGCUGUAACUGGCUUGAAAGACUACGCCAAAUCAAACGCCUGCGUAACAAAGCGGUCACGGAAUCUGUACCUCCAUGUACCCCUCCCCCAUCGUUGGUGAAGUCUCCCCCCGGAUCAAGUGCUUUUGGUGUGGUGGUACCAAGUACUCUCACCCACCCACAUUUAUUGGAUUUUACUGAAUACGUCACGAAUAAAAAGAAAUAGAGUAUAAUAUAUCAUAGUAUGAAGAUAAUUUGCAUCAGAAUAAUUGGGCUGUCGUCAGUUUGAGUAAUAGAUCAAAAACUUGUUCUUCGUGUUUGAUCAGGGCAUCCAAACACUGAGAAACAGAUGAAAGCAUGAGGCCGUUUGAAAUGACUUCUUAAACUCAUUAUAAUUCGUUUGUUCUUGAAUCUCGUGAGACUAAAAAUUUCUCCGCAAAUAUUUCUAUGUUUAUUCGUCAGUGUUUUGAUCAGUGUCUUGAUCCGUUCUUAAUCAAGUAUCAAGGUGCGUGCACGUGACUACAAUGCAAAAUUCCCAUUGGUCAUUGACCUCAUGAAUUAUUAAUGAGUUUGAGAAAUCUUGGAACAAAAACACUUUAUGAGGACGUUUUCUAAAAAUAAAAUGAAAAAGUCUCUCUCACUAUAAUCGUUAAACUGAUUUGAAAUAACUAGUCAGUGACCAAUGAUCAUUGUCAAAGGAUGAAGUUGUUCCUACUUUGUGGUUGGCUUAACCAGGGACACGGACAGCUAGCUGCAUGGUGCCAAAAUUUUCUUUCCAUAAAGUUUACUUUAAAGCAAACGGCCGCAAAGAUCUCCACUUAAUAGAGGUACCACUGUAAUCACUCUUGAAACGCUCAAGUAAUAACAAAAAUAAAAUAAAAAUCUCAAUUUAUUAAAAAUACGUUUCCUUGCUACAAAUAAAAAAUGUAUGUUUUUGUUUUUAAAAGGUUUAUUUGCAGAUUUGUUACAGCAGUGUAUGUUUCACAACAUGGUUUUCUCAUGAGCAUGCUGUACAAGCAAUAAAAACGUUUACAUGC